AAAUCUCACCCCCGAGACUCGCAGCUGACAUGAGAAGUUUUUGAUUUCUGAAAGGGUGAAUUGUGAUCUCGAAGAACGUAAUCAUUGUGCGUUCUAGCUGAUUUAUUUUUGAAAGAUGACAGGAAGAUUUGCAUUUAGAUUCAUGAAAGGAUCUUUAACACAAAAGCUAAAACAAAUGGCGUCUCCCGUUGCCAAUCCUAGGCAUUACUGUUCCUCUUCUUCUUCUUCUUCAGCUAAACCUAAACUUUCUCAGUCUUCUAGAAAGGAAAGAUUACUUGCAGGAGCUGCAAUCGGUGUCGUUGGGGGAGCUUAUGCCAGCACUUUGGAUAAAGAAACAUUCAGUGGGUGGCUAUUCACAGCAACAAAAGCUCUCAAUCCAAUGUUUGCAUUAUUAGAUCCAGAAGUUGCUCACCGUUUAGCUAUCUCUGCUGCAGCUCGUGGGUGGGUCCCACGGGAACAGAGGCCAGAUCAGCAAAUUUUAGGGCUUGAAGUUUGGGGAAGAAGGUUUUCUAAUCCAAUAGGACUCGCUGCAGGAUUUGAUAAAAAUGCAGAAGCUGUUGAAGGUUUACUUGGAUUAGGGUUUGGUUUUGUUGAAGUUGGAUCAGUUACUCCUAUUCCACAAGAGGGCAAUCCAAAGCCUCGUAUGUUUAGAUUGAGAAAUGAAGGUGCUCUUAUUAACAGGUGUGGAUUUAAUGGUGAAGGAAUAGUUGCUGUUGCAGAAAGAUUGGAUACUCAAAAUGGUAAGAGAAAGCCAGAAAAAACUUCAACUUCUUCAAAUGAUGAAGUCAAACAUGGUCAAGGAAUUCUCGGGGUCAAUAUUGGAAAAAAUAAAACAAGUGAAGAUGCUGCUGCAGAUUAUGUACAAGGCGUACAUGCUUUGUCCCAAUAUGCUGACUACUUGGUAAUUAAUGUUUCAUCACCCAAUACCCCUGGACUUCGGAAGCUUCAAGGAAGAAAUCAAUUAAAGGACCUUGUUCAAAAGGUUAAAGCAGCUCGUGAUGAAAUGGAAUGGGGUAAAGUGGGCCCUCCUCCAUUGCUUGUAAAAAUUGCUCCAGAUUUGUCUAAGCAAGAUCUUGAAGAUAUUGCUGUGGUUGCUCUUGAUCUCCACUUGGAUGGUUUGAUUAUAUCAAAUACAACCAUUUCAAGGCCAGAAGCUGUUGAGAGCAAUCCGGUGUCAGAGGAAGGUGGUGGAUUGAGUGGGAAGCCUCUUUUUAAUUUAUCAAAUGACAUCUUAAAGGAUAUGUAUAUUUUAACAAAGGGAAAGAUUCCUUUGGUUGGCUGUGGAGGUGUAAGCAGUGGAGAGGAUGCUUACAAGAAAAUAAGAGCAGGAGCUACUCUUGUUCAGCUUUAUACAGCUUUUGCUUAUGGUGGGCCCGCCCUUAUACCCCAGAUAAAGGCAGAACUUGCAGGUUGCUUAGAAAGGGAUGGCUUUAAGUCAAUGUAUGAUGCAAUUGGUGCAGACUGCAGAUAAACAUGAUGCCAAAUUAUCAUGUAAUUUUUUUUAAUUGUUUUUGUAAAAUACAAGCUACUAAGAGAAUUCAUAUUAACACAAUAUUCUGAAGCUAAAAUUUUCAAGGCUUUAAAUACUUUUGUUCUUAUUUAUUAAUUUUGUUUUUACAAG